AUGUCUACGUACCCCUACCAUGCAGUCCAACAAGAGAUACAGACAUCGCUACAGUCCGCGACACAGCUCGGGUUCAAGGCAACCGUUGCAGCAUUAGAAGCCGACCUGGAGGACCUGGAGGAGAACGUCAAAAUCGUAGAAUCCACAGACCCCCGGAUGUUUGCCCCAACCCACGAAGACGUAAUGGAGCGAAGGCGAUAUGUUGAGCAUGUUAGGAAAGAGAUACUGGUAUGCCGCACCUCCCUGCCUGCACCUCGGUCUCGGACUGAUGGGACGUUGUGUGGACGGCUAGCUCCUACGUAUAUGUCCCAGCAGCAUGAAGACGAGGUUGUGGAUGACCAGAGUGCUUGUGCGAGGGAGGAACAGCAAAUGACGAUUAGAGAACAAGACCGAACAAUUGACUCAAUAGCGGCGACGCUGAGCAAUUUGGCUCACCAGGCUGGGCUCAUCGGUCAGGAAAUCGUAGAACAUACCGAACUACUCACUGACUUGGAAUCUGGGGUAGAACGAACAGACAGCAAACGUGGCAUGGGCUGCAUGAGGGGAUUCAUACAACAGUCAGAGGAACGAGGCAGUGGAUGGUGCCUCCUCGUGCUGAUCCUCGUUCUGUGUAUCUUGCUGGUGGUGGUUAUCCUGAUAUAG